AGCGAGUGUAGUGAAGGGACUCGUCCCUACGGCCACGGAUGGCAACAUGGCGACAGAGUUCCACAACCUGCAGGAGCUGAGGCACAGCGCCUCAUUGGUCAACAAGGUGUUUGUUCAGCGGGACUACAGUGAGGGGACCACCUGCAAGUUCCAGACCAAGUUCCCGUCUGAGCUGGAGAGCAGGGUCGAGCGGACGCUGUUCGAAGAGACCGUGAAGACCCUGAACAACUUCUACGCCGAGGCGGAGAAGAUCGGAGCCCACUCGUACCUGGAGGCUUGCGUGGCGUGCUCCACCGCCUACCUCAUCUUCCUCUGCAUGGAGACGCGCUACGAGAAGGUGCUGAAGAAGAUAGCCAAGUACAUCCAGGAGCAGAACGAGAAGGUCUACGCUCCCAGGGGGCUCCUCAUCACGGACCCCAUCGACAGGGGGAUGAGAGUCAUUGAGAUCUCCAUCUACGAGGACCGGGGCUCCAGCGGCUCUAGCUCGGCGAGCAGCUCUACGUCGGGCAGCACCGCUCGAUAACCGGUGUUCCUCCUCCCCCCCCACCUGAUCACCAAACACUGGGGCUCCAUGCGGAGAUCCUCCCAUGCAGCGCGUCUACAGCUAAGCUCGCGCUACAACACCGUUCUUGUUCAUAUGUUAUGUUCAUAAGAAAAUACACUCACCGAACAUGUACGGUACAGCCCACCAUGUACCGUCCUGUGCUAUGCAUUUGAGGUUUGGUUCUCCAUCUCCUUAUCAGUUUACACUUCAGGUAGACAACAUGCUUACGGGCUAAAUCCGUGGUUGUAGCUCAUGUGAACAUUAAUCUGCUAGUGACAUUUUAUGGACAUACCAUGACUGGAAUUCUGCUCCUCCUUUAUUAUAGUUAUCAAAUAUGCCAAAAGGCGCGGACACAUUGAUCAAGGCCUCAUGUAUCCAUGGCAACAGCAACCUCCAUUUACUGUCCGACCAGCUAAUAAACCUCUUGUUUGUCGCCACAUAUCCAAGCUAGCAUCAGCCAGGCUGAAUGGAGCUAAGAAAGAAAGCAAACAUUACAUUGCUUCACAGCAAAACCUUCCUUUCAAAGCGGUUGCACACAUAUGAAUACAAUCUCAGCAAUCUCUGAAAUGAAUAGCCCUCCAGAACAACAUCCUGUCAGCUUGGUCUUAGGACAGGCAUUAUCCAACGUUUAGAAGUACAGGAUGCAAACCACCGCCCACAGUAUUCAAUGGCGAGCCAGGAAUCAAACUGCCUAUGCCUAUCUUCCCCCCUGGGCCGAGUCACCAAUAAUUGUGUUCAUGAGUGGUUUGGUAGCAGCUGAAUGUCCCUCAGCCAAGUACUAUAUCUUCUAGUUAUGCAAGAGUUAGUUUCACAUCCAUGCACAUACCCACAUAGUCACACAUUGGCAUUCUGGACUCAGUGAGCAAACACUCUUCUCCUAAAUAUAUUGAUUAUGCAAACACAUACUGUAAACUAAAUGUAGCAUUCAGAAAUGAAUGAGUCAUGUCUUCCUAAAUGCCACAUCCCUUUCUUUUUAAUUGCUGUACAAGCCUCCAAAGAACCAUUACUGCCAAAAUUGCCCAGUUAAUGUGAAUCUGUAUUUGUUUUUAGUGACACUGUAUUUGUGCAGACGAUUUUUCAUACAGCUUGUUGUUUUAAUACAUAUGAACUGUGUAUGAGAAGCAACAAAUAAAUAUUCCUUCAUCACAACAGUUUCAAGCAUAUUUUCAAAAUGUUUA